ACAUUCGGCCUAGGAGAGAGCAGCCAUUGUGCUUGUGUGCUGGUUGUAAGCGUGGUAGGAACGCGGUCGUUUUACGAAGCAGCCAUGUCUAGGUACCUCCGUCCCCCCAACACCUCGCUCUUCGUCCGGAAUGUGGCAGACGACAUCCGGUCUGAAGAUCUACGCCGAGAAUUUGGUCGUUAUGGUCCAAUCGUUGACGUAUAUGUCCCGCUUGAUUUCUACAACCGGCGCCCAAGAGGAUUUGCUUAUGUUCAGUUUGAAGAUGUCCGUGAUGCAGAAGAUGCCUUGCAUAAUUUAGACAGAAGAUGGAUUUGUGGACGCCAGAUUGAAAUUCAGUUUGCUCAAGGAGAUCGAAAAACACCGAAUCAAAUGAAGGCCAAAGAAGGAAGAAGCUCUUAUGGCUCUUCGCGUUAUGAUGAGUAUGACCGAUAUAACAAGCGAUCUAGAAGCCGCAGCUAUGAAAGGAGGAGGUCUAGGAGCCGUUCUUUUGAACAGAAUUAUGAAAGAUCUUAUAGCCCCCGGGGGCGGGCUGAGAGACCACACCGUAGCAGAAGCCGUUCACGUCAUGGCCGAUUCAAUCGCCGGCAAAGAUCACAAUCUAGAUCCAACACUAGAUCAAGAUCCAAAUCCCAGCCAAGAGAAGACAGGAAAGAGCGUACUGGACGUUCUGGAUCCAGAUCUCAGUCCCGAUCAAAAGCAGAAGGCAAAUUCAAAGAAGAACGUGAAAGAUCAAAGUCCCGCUCUCACUCACAGUCAAGGUCCCGGUCGAAAUCAAGAUCGCGGUCUUGGAACAGUCACAAAUCCAGUGGCCAUUAAUUUGGCUUCUGUGAACAGUUUUAUUCAUAGAAAUGUGAUUAUUUUCUUUUCCCCCCUCCCCAUGUGCUACAGUCAUGACCAUUUGUGACCCAUCUGACAGCAGCUGAUCAAAGUAGAUUAGGAUCUUUUGCAGCCUGUAUAAUAGAACGUCUUUUUCUGUUGGCAUAUGUCUUUAAUGUUUUUGCUACUUUUCUGAAUGCUGAGAGUUUGGUAUUGGUGUGUCAAGCAGGGUUACUAGCUUGUCUAGCCACAAGACACUAAACCAAAAAAAUUGGACCGUAAAAGUAUUCUUCAUUCUUGAAGCUCCGCCAGUAAAAUUGUAUUUGUUUUUACUUGGUGGUGACAACCAUUUUCUGCCUAUUUAAAUGAAAAAGGGAAAAUGCAUAGAAAGGGUGCUGCUGAAUAAGAUGAGCUUUGAAAUUUUGGUGUUUAUUGGGCAUCACACAUCCCCUGACCAUGUAAUAGUAUGUAACUGCUAGGAGUAAUGCAAGCAAGAUCCUCCCCUUUUAUUCAUAGUAUUGAUAUUUCUAAUAGUGCGUGUCCUGCAGGACUAUUUUACAAGUCACCCAAAUCGGCAUGUACCAGGAAAUGUUCAGCGCGUUCAUCAAACAUGGUUUAAAAUGCUCGGAAGUGAAUUCUUUGGCUCAAAAUAUUUUUUAUUUUAUUUAAGUAAGCACUUGGCAAGGUAUCUUUUCUGGCCCGGAGAUAUCUGUACCCUGCUUUUUACAUUUCUUUGUACAUUUGUUUCGCGUUUGAAGGAAAGCUCAUCUACUUUAAAUAUGCAAAAUUAACCUGGAGUGCAUUUCACACGUAUAGAACACCAUAUGUAUGCAUGUUUAUGUUGAUAUGCACUUUAGUAAUUUCCUUCCGAUCUAAGGAGUGGUUAGCAGCAUAUAUGGGUUAUAUUUGGGCAUCUAGACCCUUUGGGGUUCCUGGCACCCAGGCCCCGAAGGAAGUGCUGGUUUAGGAGGCAAAGACAGACUGUUUCUAUUCAUCUUUGACUAGUAGCUAAAUGUUCUCAGUGGUUGUAUGUGUGGAAAAUCGGCUUGGUAAGGCCACAUGGUUCAGACGCAGGGCGGCCGGCUACACAUGACGGCCCGCGCCCAUCGUUUCUUGACGCCGGACUACAAUUCUUUAGCAGGUGUAAAGGUAUCUUGUCAUCCAUGGAGUGCAGGAAAUAUGAUGUAUGGACUGUCUAUAAACAAGUGACUGGUCAUAUCUUGGUUUGAGUGAUCAAUAUGUAUAUUCUAAUUCACAAUUUGGAAAAACAUUGGUUCUUUAGGCAUAUUUUCUUUUAGUUCAUAUCCUAAAAUGUGUUCUUUAAAUGAUGAAUUUGAUAUGCUUGUUAAACCAUUCUUCAUUAAACCUAGUCUUUUGUCUUA